AUGGGGUCCCCACCGUACUCCGUACCUUCCCAACCGGAAUUGAACGUCAGUACAGAAGUUCCUUGCUCCUCCGCCAACAUCGGCCCUGGCUUCGACGUAAUCGGCCUCGCACUCUCCAUCUGGCUCGAAAUUCGGGUAUCGAUCGACAGCUCCACCACCUCGCAGGCACCACUGAACUGCGUUAUCAGUUACGAGGGCGAGGGCGCGGACGAGGUACCGCUGGGCGCGGACAGAAACCUCAUUACGCGCACAGCCUUGUACGUGCUGCGGUGCCAUGGGCAGCGAGCCUUCCCUUCGGAAACGAGAGUCCACAUUGUAAAUCCUAUCCCUUUAGGUCGAGGGCUGGGGAGUUCAGGGGCAGCGGUCGUAGCCGGCGUGGUACUCGGGAACGAGGUGGGGAAGCUGGGGCUGUCGAAGGCCCGGAUGUUGGAUUACUGUUUGAUGAUUGAGCGCCACCCAGACAACGUCGCAGCGGCCCUUUAUGGCGGCUUCGUCGGUACCUACCUCAACGACCUCUCCCCUGAAGACACCUCGCGCAAAGAGAUCCCCCUCAGCGAAGUCCUGCCCGAGCCAGCCGGUGGCCUGGAUACCGGGUUCGCGCCUCCCGAGCCUCCCCUCGGCAUAGGCCACUACAUGAAAUUCCCUUGGGCAAAGGAGAUCAAAGCCAUAGCCAUCAUCCCGCAGUUCGAGGUCGCGACUGCAAAAGCCAGGUCGGUGCUGCCGGCCUCGUAUUCGAGGGCGGACGUAGUCUUCAACCUGCAGCGGAUAGCGCUACUGCCGAGUGCACUAGGCAGGAGUCCGCCGGACGCGGAGCAGAUCUAUCUCGCGAUGCAGGAUAAGGUGCACCAACCGUAUAGGAAGGGCUUAAUUCCUGGGCUGCCGGAGAUUCUGCAGAGUGUGACGCCAAAGUCGCAUCCGGGGCUUUGCGGAAUUUGUUUGUCGGGGGCUGGUCCGACUAUUUUGGCACUGGCGACGGAGAACUUUGAUAGCAUCGCGAAGGUCAUUCUGGAGAUGUUUGCGAAGAAGGAUAUCAAAUGUGAUUGGAAGCUGCUCGAGCCGGCGGAAGACGGCACGACAGUCACUCAUAGCUAG